UGUAUGAGUUGUCUCGUUUCUUAGUUCGAUGAAAACGUCGAGGUCAUUCGUCAAAAAGACCAAAAAGGGAGCAGUUCUUAAGGUCGUCAGAGAGCAUUAUCUCAGAGAGGACGUGUGGACUUGUUGGAAAGAUGAUGAGAGAGUAACACUAGAAUCUCCGUUUAUAUCCCAAGAAGCUCUGCAGUCUGCACCAUCGUCUCGCCUCUAUGCCUUUCAACACUUAAUUCUUCCAGACACCAACGUCGUUCUUCAUCAUAUUGAUUUUCUUGAAUUUCACGCCAUCGUAAAUAUCGUGCUUCUAGAGACAGUUUUGGAAGAGGUAAAACACAGAAAUGUGUCUGCAUAUAAACGAGUUCGAAGCAUCCUCAGUGACAAGAGCAAGAAUUGCAUUGUUAUUUCAAAUGAACAUCACAAGGCAACUUGUAUUCAGCGACAGGAUGGUGAGUCUGCGAAUGACAGAAAUGAUCGAACGAUACGAAUAACUUCAGGAUGGGGCGAAAAGCAGCUUGAGUCUUAUGACUGUCGAGUUGUGCUACUAACAAAUGAUAGAGAGAAUAAGGAUAAGGCACUAGCUAGCAACUUGUUGGCUUGUACAGUUCAAGAAUAUGCUGGCAGUCUGUCUGCAUGGCCAGAGCUGAUGGACGUAACAAGUAGUGGAGAUACCUACGAUGGGGCAACCACACAAACUGAUUUAUUUAGUGCACAUCUUUCUCUGUCAGCGUUUCAUGAGAAUCUGAAGACUGGUAGUGUUUUUCAAGGAACAUUUCACACUCAACGAGAUAAUCCAUUUGAAGGUCAUGUGACUGUGUCCGUCCUUAAUGGGCAGGUGCUCAUUCAUGGAGCUGCUCAUGUUAAUCGAGCUGUUGAUGGUGAUGUAGUUGGCAUUGAGCUAUUGCCAGAGAAUGAGUGGUCGACACCGUCUGAUUCAACCGUUUUGCCAGAAGACGAAGCAGCUGAGAAUGAAGAAACUGAGAGGGACGACAGCUCAGGGAUAGAAAAUCCUACAUCUGACAAAAUUAGGGCAAAGUUGGAUUGUUCCAGGAAACCUAGCGGACGUAUUGUUGCCAUAGUGAAGCGGAAUUGGCGACCCUACUGUGGAACACUAUUGCCCACCAACAUGAAAACAUCUGUUCGGAGGCUGUUUGUUCCUAUGGAUAGAAAGAUUCCUCGAAUCGUUAUUGAAACUCGUCAAGGUGAUGCUCUGGAUAGAAAGAGGAUUGUUGUUUCCAUUGAUUCGUGGCCAAGAACGUGUAGAAGUCCAUGUGGACAUUUUGUUAGAGUUUUGGGUGAUGUAGGAGACAAGGAAACCGAGAAUGAAGUGUUGUUGCUUGAACACGAUGUUCCUCAUCAACCGUUUCCUCAAAUAGUUCUUAGCGAUUUGCCAGCUGUGCCAUGGAUUAUAUCCGAUGAGGAAGCGAAGAAGAGAACGGACUUGAGGCAUUUGUGUAUUUGCAGUGUUGACCCUCCAGGAUGUACUGAUAUUGAUGAUGCAUUACAUUGUCAAAUGUUAGAGAACGGAAACUAUGAAGUUGGAGUUCACAUUGCUGAUGUCAGUCACUUUGUCAGACCAGGAACAGCUCUAGACAAAGAGGCUGCCAACAGAGGGACAACAGUUUAUCUUGUAGACAAGCGUGUUGAUAUGGUUCCUGAACUUCUCAGCUCCAAUCUGUGUUCAUUACGACCAAACGAAGAUCGAUUUGCAAUGUCUUGUGUGUGGGAGAUUAAGCCAACGGCGGAAAUUAUUCAUACUCAGUAUCUCAAAAGUAUUAUUCGUUCUCAGCAUGCAUUUACUUAUGCCGAAGCACAACUGAGAAUUGAUGAUAAACAUAAAAACGAUGAAGUGACUAAGUCUUUGCGCUCUCUUAAUGCAAUGGCAAAGAUACUGAAACAAAGAAGAGUUGAUAAAGGUGCUCUCCUACUUGCUUCUCCUGAAGUGAAAUUCACUCUUGAUGAUGCGACACACGACCCUAUUGAUCUUGAAGCAAAGCAGCUUCGAGAGACAAAUUCUAUGGUGGAAGAAUUUAUGUUACUUGCUAACGUUUCAGUUGCUGAGAGAAUCAGUCGAGAGUUUCCGGUAUGUGCAGUUCUUCGACGUCAUCCACAACCAGCACCCUCCAACUUUGAACCUCUCAUCAAGGCAGCCUCUCUCAAAGGCAUCACUCUUGAAGUUGACAGUGGAAAGGCUCUUUCUAACUCACUAGCUCAAGCAGUUCUGCCUGGAAAUGACUAUUUUUGUACGUUGAUACGAAUACUGGCAACACGGUGCAUGACGCAAGCUCUCUACUUUUGUUCUGGAACUGAGCCUGAGUCCGAGUAUUUUCACUACGGUUUAGCAGCAGAUAUCUACACUCACUAUACCUCACCUAUAAGGAGAUACGCUGACAUUAUGGUUCACAGACUCUUGGCUACUGCUAUUGCUGCAGACACAACACAUCCAGAAAUGAUUGAUUCUCGUCGUGUCCAGGAAGUUUGUAAUCAUUUGAACAAAAGACAUCGAAUGGGACAAUAUGCAGGCAGAGCAUCAAUCCAACUAAGUGCUCAGUUAUUUUUCAAAGGCAAGAACGUGACAGAAAAUGGCUACAUUACAAGUGUUCGAAAGAAUGCUGUGUAUGUGCUUAUUCCAAAGUAUGGAAUUGAGUUGCCGCUCUUUCUUGAUCAGCCAUCAUUUUCUCCUCCUUUUGUCUAUAAUGAAAGGGCACCUUCUCAAGUGUCAGGAAGUGUUUGCCUGUGCACGUUUGAUCGAGUUGUUGUGUCUGUUACACUGGAAGAGCAAGAUCACAUGCCCGGUCGAUUGAAGCUUCAACUUGUGGAGCCCAAAGUACAUGGAGCUGCUGUACUAAAUUCAGAUGGACAGUCACUACGAAAGAAACGGAAGGUCUCUAGCACAUAGUUGUGAAUGCAAUUGCAUAUGAGACAAACAGAUUUUUAACAUGUGAACAGUAUGCUUACUAAUGAAUGAUUUGAUAUAUGGUCAUUGUCGUAACUGUA